UCAGUCCCGUCGCGCGCGGCAAGAUGGCGGCUUCCGACCCGUUCCAAACGUUCUCUCACAACGAGGACAAAGAACUAAUAGAGCUCGUGAAAAAAAACCAAAUGCUGUACAACACGGAGCUGGCGGAUUACAAAGACGGAGCGCUGAAGGACCAUGUGUGGGGGGAAAUCGCAGCUGCAAUGAAAAAAUCGAGUACCGACUGCAAAAAGCGUUGGAAGUACUUAAGAGACUCCUACAACAGAUGCAAAAGGACCAACAAGAAAAGAACUGGUUCCGCCUCUUUCAAAACCACAAAAUGGUGCUUCUUCAACGUACUAAGGUUCCUGGAUGCUCAUUCAGAGCAAGAAAGUGAAGUAAAAAUCAAAACUGAUAAUAGCAACGAUGAAGACAGCCAGCCCUAUGAUGAAACGAAUUUCGAAUUCUGUCCAGUCGAUGACGGCGACACUAAGGAAGAAAAAUAUGAAAAGGCUUACAUUAUAGAUACAGAUGUAGAAGUUGGUAUAUUAGAAAGAAAAAAAAGGAAUUGUGAACAAGAUUCUAGCUACCAAAAUACGGAGGUUCCAGCUAAAACGAAAAAGAGGGACGACGAAAUCGAUUCGUUUUGUACCUACAUAGGCGCCAUUUUGAAGAAAAUUAAUCCAGCUUUGCGUGUGGAAGCUAAAAGUAAGAUUUUCAAUCUGAUGUCGGAGUACGAAAUGAAAGAUAUGAAUCUCUGAUUAGAUUAAUAAAUUUUAGGAGUUUUGAGACUAAAUUGCUUGAAGCUAAUUUUAAUGUUUAGUUAAGUUUUGAUCUCUGUCGCCAUAUGAA